UUCUGGCUUUAUCCGCUCGCUCAACGACAGCGCUCGCCUCUGAAAUGUUCUGAGACCAACCCCCGCCCCCGCAUCCGCCCGAGUCGUCUCCGGUGUCGCCAAGAUGUCCGUACUCCCGCACCAUGGGGGUUCAUACCUCCAGCGGCGCCUCACGAAGAUGUAUACCGACACCAAGACAUCUUGUGAGAGUGUCACUACCGCCUCCAACGCCGCUGAUGACCCCGAGCUUGUUUCCAUCCACCGUAAUUUCAAGACACAGAGGGAUAGGCUUCUGGCGUGGGGUUUGGACUGGAGCGACGCGAGCGCCGCUCAGCCGAACGACAUCGACGAAUCGCUGACGCAAGCUGGUUUUAGUGAUGUGGUGGAAAGCGUAAUGUCGUCGAUUCAAGAUAUACUCAGCGAGGCGGAACGGCUACAGAAUAAGGGCGCCUCAGAUCUACCUCCGAAGGGAGGUAAAGCGGAGUCUCCCGCGGCUGAUGGACUCGGCGGUUUCUCGAACAAGACCAACUGGACCAGCGCUGAGAUCGCUCGUUCCAAGACCCUGCUCACUGAGUUGACGGCAUGCAUCGACGUCCUUUACGACCUUUCUGGCUCGCGCCGCGAUAUGACCGCCAAUGCACAGCCUUCGGGUAAGAGUCGGACCCGGUCUUAUCCCUCACCCCAGGUCGGCAGUCCUGGCGGUGAUCUGGGCCGCGGAAACCUUCAGAACUCCAAAUCAUCUCAUGGUGCCUCCUUUGAUAGUACGCAAAGGCAUCAGAGUCCCCAGUCACCGAAGUCCAAGGAGGCGUUUGAAUACUCUUCUUUCACCAAUCUCCAUGCCAUCACCCAGUCACCUGUCUUCGAACAACCAAAGUUCAAUAAAGCUUUCAGUAAAGCCUCCGUCGAACCAAAGAGGUAUCUAAUCGACCGUUCAGCAUUACAGCUAACCGGUGCAUCCCACGACAAUAAUCCACCUCCAUAUGAGAUGGUGGCCGCUUCCACAAACUCUCGAGUCCUUGGCCGCAUGAAAACAUCAGCUCUACCUUUCCGCCACAACUUAAAGGAUGCUACUGUUAGCAUCCUCGUUGAAUACACCCCAAUGGUACUUGACUCGUCGUCUGAACCUCCCUAUCCCGGAGAUGCACGGCUUGAUAAUGUGCAUCAGACACUUGAUCAGCUGGUCCAGAAUGCGCGGGUCUCCCACCUUGGACUACUGAACUUCCUUGGGUACUACAUUGAUCGACCCAAUUCCCGUUACGCUUUCGUCUAUCAAAUGCCAAUCGACUAUUUCCCGUUCCUCCAGAACCCUACCGACCUUCUAAAUGAUCUGAAGCCUAAGCCCUUGGUUUCGCUUCUCCAAAUGGGAGACGACUUUCCGGUACCGAGCCUGGAGACUAGGUUCCGCUUAGCUUAUGACCUCCUUAUGGCUGUAUUGCAGCUCAGAAGUCAGAAUCUCGUUCACGGAAAUAUCAACAGCCAUAAUGUUCUCAUCUUCCAAGGUCUGGCAAACUCAAAUCAAAACCAAGUUGGAGUGACUGAAAACCUCCGUCGUCCUUAUCUUACCUCCUUCGCUCAGUUCUCCGGGAACAACCCGUCUCCCGAGCCGCUUUCUUCGAAUAUGUACCGCCAUCCCGACGAUAAGAGGCUGAUCGAAGAUGAUGCAGCCUGGGCAUACGAUCUCUACUCUCUCGGCUUGGUCCUGAUGGAGAUUGGCCUUUGGACGCCGAUCAGUCGCCUGUGGAAGUUCAAAUACAACAACUCUAUGUUCAAGCAAAGGGUGGAGAGUAUGUAUCUGAGGAAGCUAGGCCCCAAGUGCGGUAGUGCAUACAUUCAUGUGGUUCAAUUAUGUCUCGAUGCACCAAAUUUCCACCUUUCGACCCAGCCAUUUGAUGACCUCAACUUGAGAAUACCUCAGACCUUCCACUACCCGGUCUUGGAUCUUUCGGCACCCGAGAGCACUUUUGCUUUCUCCAUGAAUUUCGUUUACACCUUGUGUAAAAUAACUUGGUCGUGCUGCAGGAUUGACAUUUUUUCUGCUCCAGCAGCUGAAGAGCUGGACGAUUGUCUUCCUCUAGCGCUUGUCCCUGGUUCCGAAGCAGAUGCUGCAAAGCAAGCUGCGCGAGAAUACAAGGGACCUGAACAAGUAACCCGCUUCUCGCAACCAGUGGCUGUGGCUCUUACCCCUGAGACCAAAUUAAUGAAGAUCGGGCUUGAAGAAAAAAGGCUGAGGAAGCGCACAUUCAAGAAACUUACAACGGUCGAAAUUCCUCAAGAACACCUCGAUGAGUGGAACUUCCGCAUGCUGCCCAAAUUGAGGAAGCUGCUGCAGAAGGUAUUGAAGGAUUCGUCUGAAUCAUGCGGUGUCACUCUCAUGAUGACGGGCGACGGUUUGGAAAAUGCGAAGACAACAAUUUGUGUGACUUGUGCUAGCGUUAAGAAGGUUAGGGCGGCGCUGAAGAAGUACUUCCCUCUUGAUGACAAAGAAGACUGGGACUUGCUUGUGCUUCGCGGAGAUAUUGAGCGAUCCAAAGUCCCGCGCAAGAAGCGCCGCCGCCCUGCAAAGACUGGACCUCUUAGCACUAUCGAAGCCCCUCCUCCUCCGCAGGACCCUAACCCCUGUUUUCAGCCGAGGCCUCUCUGCGGUGCAUCCAUGGGCGCCUUCAUGAAUGAAGAACAUCUCCCUCCUGUGUCGUACGGUGGUGCCAUCCUAGUUGAUGGUGUUCCCUACGGUAUGACAGUACAUCACAUGCUCGAGGCUCCCAGCGAUCAAGAGGAUGCGGAUGAUAUACAUGAAGCUUUGGAGGAUGCUCUGCUUCGGUCGGCCGGAAACUGGACUCGCGAUCUGGCUUCCCAGAAUUCACAGCUCAUGUCAGCUUGGAAUGAUGACUCCUCUGCACAUAGUCUCGAAUUUGAAGUCUCCGAUGACGAGGAUGGCGACGACUACUAUGAUGACUUUGCGCUCUCUGAAGGAUAUUCAUCUGACGAGGGCGACGACGACUUUGCUUACGAUGACGAUGACAGAGCGUCGAUCGGAGACACAGCUGGCAUCGAACCUGGAGAAGAGCCUCCCGUGUUUGUAACCCAGCCUGCCAUUGAUGACGUUCGCGAAGAUUUCUUUCCAAGCCCCGAGGACAGAGAUGACGAGCAUCUCGCUUCCCACACUUUCGGAUACGUUUAUGCUUCCUCAGGCGUUCGACGCUGGACACGACAGGGCAUCAAGCAUGAAAUCGACUGGGCUUUGAUUAAGAUCAACCAGGAUCGCUUAGACGCGAGGAAUAUUGUCUACGACAAGCCGUCCUACUCUUUAGUGGCCUCAGCGAGACGGAGACCGGGUGAACCGAUGCCCCUACAACAACGGAACCCCAUCCUCUUGAAUGACAUAGCACGGUUUGAGGAGCUUGGUGGCCUCAAUGUUCACUGCUGUGGCCGAACUAGCGGGUUGCAAACUGGACAGAUUUCGAAGGCGUUGACGAUGGUGAAGCUACAUGGUCGGCACACCUUCUCCACGAGCUUUGGGGUGGAUGGGAACUUCGGAGUUCCCGGUGAUUCUGGCGCUUGGGUCUUUGAAAAAUCCACUGGCCGCGUUUGUGGAGCUGUCCUGGCAUGGUCCGAGGCACUUCGCAUCGCCUAUAUCGCUCCAAUGGAGGUCCUCCUUGAAGACAUCGCUCGCACCCUACACGCGACCCAUGUCACACUUCCAGAUGGCCCUAACGAGUCUGUGACCUUUCCUAUGCAGCACCCGUCCGUUCCCCCAAAUCCUAGAUACCUCGGCCCGCCUCCAUUGCCAGAUCAACUUCAUGUUGAUCUCAACCGACAACUGCAUCUUGAUGAUCAGAGCGUUGGUGCAGUCAACACCAGUCGUGGGCUCAGAGAGCCAUACCGAAAUCUACCGCCUAUUCUCACCCCAGGGCCGGGUCGCAGUCUGGAAAGACAGCUUGCUUAAUCACCUUACCCCGUCCACUGUGCUUAGGUACCUCACUUGUUUCUCAAGUAUAUACCCCGUCACUGUAUGACUUUAUUUUCCUACCCCACGACGACCCUUUCUCAUGACCCCGUUGCUUUUGAUAUAAUACCCCCUGCGCAAACUUGAUAU